AUGCACGACUUCGACGUGGAUGCCGACAACAGACCCUUCAAAAGGCAAAGAUUAGGGCCGCAAGAGCUUAAGCCUCUGCCACUGGAUAUAUUGCUUUUAUCUUUACCUCAUCUACUGGCUCACCCACCUACGCAUCGACAACAUACCCGUUCGGUCAUUUUGUCGUUAUCUGCACUGCGAGGUUAUCUGGCGCAACCCAAUCUCGAACCACGUUUGGAAUGUCGCGCCUGGACCGAGCUAGCAGAAGCUGGGUUUCGACUGGGAUUGAAUACACCUGGUAUUGAGAAUGAGGUGGAGAGGGCGAUCACAAGAGCGUUGAUGAUUACACAUAAGCAUCCUUCUCUCAGAAUCUACAAACCACAGUUGACCCGCUUGUCAGCUCAGCUUGCUAUCCACCAAAACAACUCUCGGUUGGCUCAGAACAUACUUAAGAAGAUCCUGGUCUCUUUCAUUCUACCGACAGAUCCUCCGCAUGCACAGUAUAGCGCACAUCUCGCAUAUAUAGACUCACUCUCGGACAGUAAAUCAAUCGGAGCGAUUAGGGAACUCCACACACUAGCUUCACAUAAUAACCACACCGACGUCUCCCUCUUUGCCACAGUUCUGGAGUUGCAUCAUCUCCUUAAGAACGGCAUGUGGAAUAACGUUCGUCAAUCACUGGGAAGCAUAGAAAAAACCUUCACCGAAAUCCCCCGAACGAAUAUCCAGAAGGCACUCAUGAUGCAUGUUCUCAUCAUGGGUGUUCUAUACCAUACAUAUGUCGGAGAAUAUGAGAAUUCGCAAUCCAGGAUCAAGAAAUUGCACGAAAUGCUUGAUGGAGGGGCGUUAGAAGCAUUGGGGUCUAGCGGAAUAGUCGAAAUCGAACUCGCCAAUUCACACCCCCUUCGCGUGCAGGUUACACAUCCACGCGUGCUGUACACGCUGGGAUUUCUUGUUAGCAGCAUUUCGAAACGAGAUCCCGUGGGACGUAAACCGAAGCGCAGAUUGUACGCUGAGGAAGGCGUGCUCACUGUGGAAAGAGAGCUUAAAAAGGAAUUGGCAUUGCCCAUAUGGGCUUCCGUAAGCGAUCUCAAGGAGAUGCAAGAAAGAUUUCACAAGAUGCGAGCUGAUAUGCUCUGCGAGCUUAUCGGAGUUGCCAUAUCGCGAAGCGAAUUUGACGAUGCCGAAAGACGUCUUUCUCAAGUCAUUGCCGAAACACGUACCCACGGGCUUUUCGCCUUGUUUAGUGCCCGUAUUACCCUGCACCAAGCUCACCUUGCACAUGGUUUAGGCCGACCAGAGCGUGCUUUGAAGUGUUAUCAAGUUGCUGCAUAUCUGUCAAGAAGACGGGCGCCAAACGAAAUAAGAUUUGACGACAAGUAUGGUGAAGAUACAGAUGGCUGUGAAGACCCGUGGGUGAACGUAUCUGCACGUGCAGGAGAGUUGUGGUUACGAAUAGGAUUGGCCAGUGAACAAACAGAUGAAGGCACUCGUGAAUACGAGAUGGAAAUUCUCCGUGCAAGGGCUGUGGAUGUGGUGAAGGAAUGCGAAGGAUGCGGAGGAACACUUCAAGCUGUCGGUGCUGUUCUGGCUGCAUGUCUGUCGAAAGAAUUUCUGGCGACAAAGACACAUUUGCGAACUGCAUUGAAUUUGACAACGGCUGCGUCGGAUAAUCACCUUCGGGCAUUGGUUCUUGCGCUAGUUGCUGCGCAAUACGUCCACACCUCUACUGAGCAUGCAGAAACCAUGCUAAAUACUGCAGAAUUGUUGGCUGCCGGCCUCGGUGCUCAGCCAAAAGCAAACAAAGGCACCGACGGCGGGAAGAAUUCUGCGGCUCCCACUUCAAAUAUCAAAUCGGCAGAUAACGUCGGUAACGCCCACCUAAGGCUGUGGAUUGGAGAACGAGCUUUAGAGCUGAAGCGAAGGAAUGCCGAUGACCAAGGCGCUUCUAAACAGGAAUUAAUCAAUAAAAGGUUCGAAGAAGCUGUCGCGAAGGUUCGAAAGAGGAAAUUUGGCGAGGUCGAUUGA